GUCACUUUCUUCAGUCUUAUAAAGUCUUUGUGUCACAACAGCUGGGAGAUAAGAGUGGCAAGAACAUCUCUCAAGUGAGUGUCAUCGUGGAGCAUUUCCAUUUUAAGGUUUGAGGUUCUUCCUCAGCACUGGGUCCUGGAGGAGGGUAGACAGACAGUGACUACCAUGUUCAGGUCUGUAUUGUGGGCCUUUAAGGGUCUUCAUUGCUCCUCAGUCCUUCUCUCAGCAAGAAUGAACAGCAGAAGGGCACGUAGGAGCAGUGCCCUGGCUGGGAACGUGGCUGUGAUCACUGGGUCCACAUGUGGGAUCCGCUUUGCCAUUGCCCGGCGUCCGGCCCAGGAUGGGGCUCACGUGGUGAUCAGCAGCCAGAAGCAGCAGAACGAGGACCAGGCAGUGGCAGCGCUGCAAGGGGAAGGGCUGAGUGUGACAGACGUAUGCCACGUGGGGAAGGCCGAGGACCGGGAGCAGUUGGUGGCCACGGCCCUGGAACACAGUGGGGCUGUGGACUUCUUGAUGUGUAACGCUGCAGUGAACCCCUGGGUUGGGGGCACUCUGGGGGCCAGUGAGGAGAUUUGGGACAAGAUCUUGAAUGUCAAUGUGAAGUCCCCAGCCCUGCUGCUGAGCCAGCUGCUGCCCCACAUGGAAAAGAGAGGAGGAGUUGUCAUCCUGGUCUCUUCUGUUGCAGCAUGUAUUCCCCAGGUGGAGGUGGGUGUCUACACUGUCAGUAAGACAGCCCUGCUGGGCCUCAACAGGACACUUUCGAAGGAGCUGGCCCCCAAGGGCAUCCGGGUGAACUGCUUAGUUCCAGGAAUAAUUGAGACUGACUUCAGCCAAGUGUUUCAUAAGAGCAAGGCUCUUUGGAACAACUACAAGGAAACCCUGCUGGUGCAGAGGACCAGGCAGCCAGAGGACUGUGUGGGGCUUGUGUCCUUCCUGUGCUCCCAAGAUGUGAGCUACAUCACCAGCGAGAACAUCGCUGUGGCCGGGUACUCCACGAGGCUCUGAUGGGGCCUGAGACCCACAGAUCUGUGGGUCUGGGCCUAGGAGCCUGAGGGUGGGAGGGCUAUGCAGUUGGUCUUCAGGGUCUGGGGAGAGAGUGCAAAGCUCUGCCAGACUACACUUAGCAGGCUUGCUCAUGCCAGAUUGAGGCAGAACCCCCAGUAGUCUGUCUGAUCCUUGGGAUCCUCUGUGUGCCUGUAGUAGGUCUGGCUACUGUGACCCCACGAACAUAUAGGUUUCUGGUGUGGGGCUGUGGUGCUGAAGGAGUUCAUAGGGCUGGUGCUUUGAGGAACCCA